UUGACGGGAAGGUUGUGUGAUUUUGAGUUUUGAUUUGGAUUUUGUUUCGUAGUCUAAUUUCGUUUAUUUUCCUGGUUAUCAAAUAAAAUAGUUGCAACUUAUAUUUACAUAGACGCCAGUAGUAAAUACAUAUUUUUGUGAGUGCUGUAAACGUAGUAACUUGACGGCAAAAUGCAAGAAACCGUUACAACCUCGACGGAGCGUAAAUCUUUGUUGUCUUCGUUCCUGGAUGUGCUGGAGGCGCAAGGCAAAGCAGCCCAGGCGGAGCGGCAGCUCCAGGAGGAACGCUACAGACGCCGUACGCAAAGGAUCUACGAAUACCACGACCGACAACGACGCGAGGUAGUGGAACUGCGCCGCUGUCUGGACUAUGUGUCGCAGCACGCCCAUGUCCUGGAAACAGUGCUACGUGGAGCAGGCACCUCUGGCAGUGAUGAGGUCUCAUUGAGUGCUCACUUGGUUAAGCAAGCGGCGGGUCUCCAGCGCUGCAUGGCGCAAUGUGUCGCCAACGCGGCCACUAUACGCUCCGCCCUGGCUUCUACCCACCAGCCUGUUAUGGAUGCCAUGCUCGCCAAAAUGGAAGCAGAGUUGCGAUCGUGGACGGCGUUCCUGCACCGAGCUGUCGACGCCACCUACAACUCCGAGAUCGUCAUAGACAACCUGCACAAUAUGAUCGCGGAGCAGCGUCGCUACGUGCGCGAUGUAACUUCAAGCAGCGUGUUCACAGCGCUAUGCGCAGAGGCGGACGGAGAACCGAGUGCGAGCGAGACCGCGAGCGCGAGCGCGGGUACGGAAGCGGAAGCGGACCGCACGCCGCGCUCGCCCCUCGAGCGCCGCCCGUCCUCUUGCAGCACGCCUUUGCACAACUAGCGAGUAACUUGCUUCAUACUAUCAUACUCCACUGUUCCCGUGUCGGCGACAAAAAUGAUGCAUGAACUCCGGUCACAAAACACCGCGCUGCAUCGUCGAAACAUCCGUGAAAAACAAUUGAAUUGUGUAGCCUUUAGGUAAGGCCACCCAAUGCGACGCACGCUACGCACAAAUGGACAAACUCAUAAAAAUUGUCUAAACGCGUGUAGCGUGCGCUGCUGCAGAAGUGUUGAUCUUAAUUCCCGUGCGGUGCGAGUUGCCGAACAACGUUUCCGCCUGUACUCUUAACUCGUAAGCCGCGUAUAGCUGUGAUGGGAUGUAUCUGCUCAAAGCUACAGUAUUGCUAGCCUUGGCGUCUAAAUUAUAUUUUUAUGAUUUUGUAAUCGCCUGACUGUGCUAUAUAUAGCUGGACGUGGCUCCAGUACAAACCGCACUGCCUUAGCGUGUGUUCAUCGCCGAAAGUUCGUGUUCGUUCGUUGUUCAGAUCUUAUAGAUGUCGUGUCGUGUUAUAAAAAUAUUGAAUGUUUAGAAGCUUUAUCGUUCGCGCUCGAAGCGCUUGUCGCCAAGCGCGCGGAGACUUUGGUCUACUACAUUUUUAUGGCGUUAUUCAUAAACGCGCUACAAGCCUGUAUUAGCUAUGAAUCGUUUGUCUUUAUCUGUCGUUUUGUAAGAAAGGGACAAAACAUAAUUUAACUAAAUCAGGCCCGUAAAGUUUUAUGAAUACUACAAGUUCUAACUAAAGUAGAAAGUGUUCGUUUCGUUAAGGAAGUGAAAAUAGGUUGAUACAUCGGUAUAGUUUUGUCUAAGCAACUUCAAAGCACUGCGUGCUUGGCAUCGAUGGCGCUCAGCGCAUCCAUCAUGAAUUGAAGAAAUUAAACAAUUUUUAAUCUAUGAAAUUUUGAGAAUUGUAAUGUUAUAUAAUAUACGCAAUUUUAAUGUUAUGCUUGUUCCCUAUGAAAUUUAUGCGUUAUUAUAUUGAAAUAUAUGCAUUAAGUUCGUUGUAAGACACGUUUUCGAUACUUUUACAAUAAUAUCGAGCAGCCGAUCUGGUCGGGAGUGUUCUUUUUGCCUUUUUUGAACGUUUUUUGUGUCCUAUUGGUAACUUAACUAAUAGGUAACCUUUUGACCGUCACGGCCACGGCUUAACAAAGCAUUCUUUGGCAAUAAUAUAAAAAAGUAGACACCCGUGGCAUUUAGAAGGUUAUGUUAAAUACAUAUAUGAGUAUAUAUAAGCAGUAUUACUUAUAAAGAUAAAUUUGAUAUUGUUAGAUUUAAUCGCGUUAUGUACCAUGGACACAUCUAUUGUGACCAUUUCUGCUUGACAUAAAUAUCAAGUUUGUAUAGCACCAUAGGUAUAUAUUUGUUAUGUAAUAGUAUUGUAUACUAAACAACUGUUGCCAAAUUUUCCUUAGAUCGGGCAGUGCCCGCGUUCUACCUCUUCUUUUUGCAUUUACUCUAUCUUUUUUAGCCCAAUCAAUAAUGAAUGUGGUCACGACAAUUCGACCUCACAAGAUAUUUUAAUGUGUUUUAACCUAAUGAUAAAAAAACAAGAGACCUCAAUCAUCUUUGGUUUUUGCCACAGCUCAAGGGAGGCUGUGGUCUGCUUGGCAUCGAUUCUGAAUAACGAAUUCAAAAACGUUUCGGCUGUGUUGUGUUGAGACUAACAUGAAUAAUAAUAGUAACAUAUUUUUCUACCCAACUGUUACAAAGUUUUUGGUAAAUUGGGGACGACAGGUAAUGACUUUAUACUUACGUAAUUUUUUCUCGAAUAAUCGCUCGACACGUCGCGCACUAACUGUAGACGCUGCUUCAGUUGAGGAUCCUCGAAACGGUUCGAAAUAUGUCGACCGAUUUACUGCCUGUCUGUCGAUGUGACUUACACAUUUGGCUCAAAAUUACGUGAGCACUUAACUCAUUUUAAUCUUUUUACGAGUUACACUCCUAGUAUUUAAAUAGUUGCCCGAUGUUUUCUCACUCAGACAAAUAAGUUGACCCUUAAUUAAUUAUAAUUGCCACCGCGUUAAAGUCCCUUUGGCCGUGGACUUGUGUAAGGCGCUUGCCGUCGCCUGUGAUAAUUCAACGAACGUUACUUAUAUUUGUGGAUAUUCCAUGUUUUCCGGGACCUAUCGAUUUUCUUGUUACAAUACGGAGCGGCUUGUCAAAGUUCGAAAAUAUGUCAAAUUGAUCAGUAACGAGCAUCACGAGCAUGAUUGACAAAACGCUCCUCAGUUGAUAUAAAUAUGUAGUUUAUAUUAAAAUGUGUUUACCUGUAAGUAAUUGUGACACCACUCCUUACAUGCUUAGCUUAGUACAUUAUUAAUGUAUCGAUGUCAACAAUUGUUGGUAAACCUUAAAUCAAUAAAAUAAAAUAAAUGUGUUCAUUGCCCCCAAAAGUUUUAUAAGUAUGUAGGUAAGUAUUACGUCGAUAAAUCAAAGAUGAACUCUGAACUAUAUAAUACAAGUGUUAAAUUCCUUCUAGUUUAACAAGUUUAUAAAGACAUUAAAGAUUAUCUAUGCCAUCUUGUAUGUUACGUUAUGUGAAAGUCCUUUGGGGUUAACUGUAAGAGCGGCCGCGGCGUGCGGAAAGGUCGUCAGAUUUAUGUUUGUUUAGCUGAAGAAUUGCGAGGUUGUAUCUCGUCUCCAGUGGUCUGUUAGACCAGCUGUUCAACGUUUAAGCAAUCAAGGGUACAUAUAAACGGCAGUCCUUUCAUUGUAUUUGUUUGUAUUUUAACUUGAUGGUCACUUGAUUCGGGAAAAUCCUCACUUUACGAAAGGAAAAAUAAACGACUAUCAAAAGAAGGCUCAAGCUAAGUUUUAUUUGUGACUACAUAUUUAGAAAGUGGCUGAAUUUCUGUUUAUUUAUACUUACUUUUGACUUUACGUACCUACUUCCAGCCCCGGUAUUGGGAAGUGUUAAAUGCGUGUCGCGCUCUCGUUGUAAUUUUACGCAUUUAUUGUUGUAACCAUUAUAGUAACUGCCUUUUUAUUAUAUCUUAUUCUAAAUACUGUUGUUAGUGUAUCGAAAGAACUAGCGUAUGACGUAGCAUGCUGAAUGUAAUGCUGUUUUCACACACGCGUUUUGUUAAAUCAAUCGUAGGUGUGAACUCAGCAUAUGGUUAGCUUCUUGUAUAUACUGCCUUAUUCGCCUAAGAUCUGUCUUCGCAAUAUUAAAUAAAAUAUAUUAAGUUAUUUUUGA